CCACAUCUGUGAUUAAAAUUUACAGUAAACAGAUUUGCAUACGUACUACCUUGAAUGUAACGUAAAAUGAGCAUCAUUAUUAUGGCAAAAGAUGAUUGAAUUGUUGCGCAUCGUUUGACCCAAAGAAAAACAAUAACAAUAACAACAAAAUAAGCCGUGUUUGGCUUGUGUUCUACUAUAGCAUUCAAGAGCAAAAACCACAGAGAAAGAUAAAAAGCAACAGGUUAUAUUAGAGACCCAACAUAAAGGCAUGUCUUGUUCAAAUCAAAGCAAGUAAAGACAAGUUUUUUUUAUUUUCAAUAUAUCAACAUGUUCUUCAUCAAAAUGAUGUAAAAAUAUAACAAUCUUUAAAUCAUGAAUCAACAUAGGAUCACUAUAUAAGCUACCUAUAUUUUCUCUCUUUUUUUUGUUUCUUACUCACAUUAUCUUUCUUUUACCCUUUUCCUCCCUACUCUAAUAUUUCUUACAAUGGCAAACGUUAGUCGAGCUGCAAGCAAAUUUGGUGAAGCCGUUGGUUUAACGGGUGCACCUGUCUUUACUCAAGCUGAAAAUGUAAUUGACUUGAUUGUUCAAGACCAUAACAAUGCUAAGGCUCUCUAUGAAAAAUACAAGUCUUCUUCUGAUUGGGAUGAAAAGAAACAACUUCGUAACAAGAUGAUCAAGGCUCUUGUUCAACACGAUGAAUGUGAACAACUUUUGGUCUAUCCUUUGUUGCGUGAAAAGAUUGGCGGCAAGUUGGGUGAAGACCACUAUGCUCGUAGCUUAGCUGAACACCAAGAACUCAGAGACUUAUUGUAUGGUGUGCGUUAUGCUGAUAUGAAGGCUAACCCUCAACAAUUUGAUUCCAAACUGAAGAAUGCCAUGGAUGCUGUCUUUAGUCACGUGGCUGUUGAAGAAAAUGAAGUAUUGCCUCUCUUGAGACAAAACUUAUCCGAAGAGGAACUCAAGAAAGUGGGCGCUUCAUUCAAAGCUCAUAAACCCACUGCUGUGACAAGACCUCAUCCAAAUGCUCCUAUGCAAGGUUAUCCUGCUGCUAUGGCUAACUUGGUCAUGAAGCCUUUUGAUAAAGUCAAGGACUUUUGGGAAGGCACUGAUUAAUUUCUUUACAGUAUUAUUUUUGCUACGUUUUAUAUAAUAAAUUUUUUUUAUUUCUGCUUUCUCUCUCUCA